CAUUAGCUUUUGCAAGGGGUACAAUAUCAGUGAAUGGCUGAUGUUGCAACACAUCUUCUGAAAAUGGAGAUGACCAUAUCAUCAUCAUAAUCUCUCUCCUCAAAAAUCCACUGAAUUAUACUUUAUUUUCAAAACAUUUCUCGUUUAUUUUUUCUACUUGCCAAAACAAAUUCAAUAUCAAAGCAUGGCAGCAGCUCUGCAAUCUCUCACUUGUUCUUAUCCACCUUCUCAUUGUUCGUCUCACAAAUAUUCCUCUUACUCAGGCAUUUGUCUUUUAUCUUCGGCUAAUCCCCAGCGUGUACACUCGUCGUUCAAUGGGCUUCAACUGAGGUUGCGUCCUUUGAGAUGGGUAUCACAAAGGUCAUUAUCUGCACCAAUUGGCCGCAUAGUGAUGAUGGUUCAACCGAAAAUUCAGUUCAUCCAAGGGACCGAUGAACUUACAAUACCAGAUGUGAAACUAACUAAAUCGAAGGAUGGGACAAAUGGCAUGGCUUUAUUUAAAUUUGAUCAGCCCUCUGUCUUUGACUCAUCUAAGGAAGUCGGCGAUAUAACUGGGUUCUACAUGAUCGAUGAGGAAGGUGUUCUUCAGACAACCAGUGUGAAUGCAAGGUUUAUCAACGGGAAGCCAGCAGGGGUUGAAGCAAAGUACAUCAUGCGCACCCCACGAGACUGGGACAGGUUCAUGAGAUUCAUGGAACGCUAUGCCAAUGCGAAUGGUUUGCAAUUCGUUAAAAGUUAAGGCAAUGUACAUCCUUUCUUUAUCAUAAACCAGAUUUUUGCAUGGUUUUGCAAGUCCUAUAUAGCUCGAAAUCUUGGUUCUUUUCCAUUUUGAUUCGUAUUGUUUGUUCUGUCAUCUGAUCUGACAAGUUACAUAUCUUGACAGUAAAUCACUUAAGAUUGCUAAUUCGUUUCUUUUGGAGAUGACUAAAAUACUCCUCCAUGUCCUAUGUGAAUGCAAUAACUUUAGUGAAAAGGCAAAUUGCUUUACUUCACUAUUUCAUUUACUCCUGUAUAAAUGGAGAAAGCAUAAAGUUCUUGAA